GCGCUCCGAAUUCUCCUCGGAACCCGCGCAUCCAGAACGCCUGUCCCUUCUUCCUCUUCUUCCAGGGACCUUAACGACUGCGUGCCUCUGGAGAUGGGGCAGCCUAGUAGGCCGACGACAUCGGGGAGUUUAGCAUCACCCACACCCUCCCAGAAAAGAAGAGGGGCUCAGCUUCCGUGCGAGGGUGAAUAAGGAGAAGCUUGCCAGCCCCACCCCCACGACCCGAGCGCCUCUGGCGAAGCGGCGGCGGCGCCGAGGGAGUUAAUUUAGCUGCCAUUUCCCGGCCCAGCUCCCGCCCAGGUUACUGGAGGCUGGGCCCCGGCCGACUCUCCCAUUGGUCGCGGAGCCGGCACUGCACCGAUUGGCCUGGAUCUCGCAGAGAGGUUCUCCGUUUAGCUUGGAGUGGCAGCUCCGGGCCUCCCCAGGGCUCCCUGAUCAGGCCGAGCUGCACUCGCCAGCAGCCUCUGAGUUGGGACGCGAGCCUGGAGACUCAAUUCCGGAUCCUGGGGGUUCCACCUGAUGUUCGAGCGGGUCCAUCUCCUCCGCGCCCCGGGCCACUUGCUGAGAUCCCCGUCCGGUCCGCUUUCCCUUUCCCUUCGUGAUCCCCUUCAGAGUGUCACAGUCUCCUUAGGCUCUCUCUCUGUCCCCGCCUGUCACUCACCCUCCUCCCUAGCUUUGGACUCUCUGUAUCCUCCCUUCUUUGAGCCCUAGACCAGCAAGAACCCUUCCUCCACUACCACCCCCUCUCAAUUUCUGCAUGCUUUUUCAGACUUUAGUGACUUAAAAUCACUACUCCCUUUAAGCUUCCUGUACCCUAAAGUCUUCCUAUUUCUGUUUCCCUGACGCGUUUGAACCCGGUGCGAUCGUGCCUCGCUGAUCUCCAAACUCCAGAACUUCCUGACCCCUUGACUUCUAAUCCUCUAAUCCUCAAUAUUUCCUUCCGUUCCUCAGAAUUUGAGCCUUUCCUAACAUCCACCCUCCCUCCUUCCUCCACACUCCACACCCCCACUAAGCCCUAAACACUACCUUCAACCCAGCAUCUACCCUUUUGUCGACUUCUUGACUUCUGGUCCAGCUUCUACAGCCUUUCUGGAGCCAUGGACUUCCUGCUGAGUGGCCUGGCCGCUUGUGGAGCCUGUGUGUUCACCAACCCCUUGGAAGUGGUGAAAACCCGAAUGCAAUUGCAAGGCGAGCUCCAGGCACCAGGCUCUUACCAGCGACACUACCGAAAUGUCUUCCAUGCCUUCUUCACCAUUGGGCAAGUGGAUGGGUUGGCUGCCCUGCAGAAGGGCCUGGUCCCUGCCUUAGUAUACCAGUUUUUAAUGAAUGGGAUAAGGCUGGGGACCUAUGGACUGGCAGAGGCUGGGGGUUAUCUACUUGAUUCCAAUGGGAACCACAGCCCUGGUCGUAGUGCUGCUGCUGGGGCCCUUGCUGGAGUUAUGGGUGCCUACAUAGGGAGCCCCAUCUACAUGGUGAAGACACAUCUGCAGGCGCAAUCAGCCUCUGAGAUUGCAGUUGGGCAUCAAUAUAAGCACCAGGGCAUGUAUCAAGCACUAUGUGUGAUUGGAAGAAAGCAGGGCCUGGUGGGCUUAUGGAGAGGAGCACUGGGAGGACUCCCUCGAGUUAUGGUCGGCUCUUCGACGCAGCUCUGCACCUUCUCAUCCAUCAAAGAUCUUGUGACCCAGUGGGAGGUGUUUCCACCACAAAGCUGGAAGCUGGCUCUGACUGCAGCUAUGGUGAGUAGCCUGGCUGUUGUUGCUGCCAUGACACCCUUCGAUGUAGUCAGCACCAGGCUCUACAACCAACCCACAGAUGCCCAUGGCAAGGGACUGAUGUACCGGGGACUACCAGAUGCAGUGAUGCAAACAAUUCGGACAGAGGGCAUUUGGGGCAUGUACAAAGGCAUGGGCGCUUCCUACUUCCGCCUUGGCCCCCAUACCAUCCUCUCACUCUUCUUCUGGGACCAGCUUCGAAUUCUUUACCAGAAACACAAUCAGUGACCCUUUCCACAACUCCAAAUUUUCCUGCAACACACUCCCAUUUGGGAAGUUGCUCUUCUCCCCCCUCCAUCUGAUAUUUCCUGGACCUUUUCAUAUUUUUAGGUCUUAAUGAUUGAUAAUCACUCUCCCCCCUUGAUCUGAUAUUUCCUGGACCCUUUCAUACUUUUAGGUCAUAAUGAUUGAUAAUCUUUUUAAAGUCACUCCCCCCUUUUUCUCAGGGUUGAAUCACUAUGUGGGGUACUCCCAUCCUGCCAUCAUUCAUGCCAUAAUGUGCAGCUUGCUUAAAACCUCUCACCCUUACUCUCAGGGUUGAAUCAAAGGGAUACUUUCUCCUUCCCUGGACUGCUAGUUUCCAGUUCCCGUGCACAGCUUUAAAUGUCGUCCUCUAAAAACCAAAGGGAAUUGGAAGGACUAUUCUUCAUCCCUGCCUCCAGAUUCAAAUUGUAUAAACUCUUCUCUCUCCCCUACACCAAAGCCACAGAGAUUGCAUUGGUAUAAAGCAAGUUUAUUUCUGCAAA